GGUAAACAGUGGGAGCCGCACAUGACUGACACUCAAUGUAAAUUAGUUUAUUUAUAAAAGUCAAUUGAUAACAGGAUGCAUAAGUUAUACAGACCAAUUGACAAGUCUUUAAAGAGGUUAAAAUAUUUACGAGUUAACAGAUAUGUGUCCACUACAGCGUGUCUUGGUGAUAAAGUUGAAAGCCGUGUGGAGUUUUCAAAUGGGCGGACAAUACACCUUGAAACUGGAGAGUAUGCUCGCUUAGCAGAUGGUGCUGCUGUGGCUACCAUAGGUGAUACCUCAGUCCUUAUUACUGCUGUGAGCAAAGGCCGCACUGGUCCCUCCCCAGGAUUUAUGCCUCUCACAGUAGACUAUCGUCAAAAAUAUGCUGCUGCAGGACGCAUUCCUUCCAAUUAUCUUCGCAGGGAGCUUGCACCAACUGAAAAAGAAAUCCUAACUAGCAGGAUUAUUGAUCGCUCAGUUCGUCCAUUGUUUCCUGAUGGUUUCUGUGGUGACACGCAGCUUUCAUGUCAGCUCUUGGCAGUAGAUGGUCUUCAUGACCCUGAUGUUGUCAGCAUCAAUGCAGCCUCGGCGGCCCUAGCAGUAUCGGAUAUUCCAUGGUUGGGGCCAGUUGGGUCGGUACGAGUUGGAAUAAUUGAUGGCGAAGUCAUUAUCCAUCCUACACGACGAGAACUAUCCAAGAGUUCCCUCAAUCUAGUAAUAACUGGAGCAGAAAGUAAGCUAGUUGUGAUGCUGGAAGGUUCGGGCAACAAUGUCCUUCAACAAGAUCUUAUGAAGGCUAUCAAGGCAGGUGUGAAGGAAUGUCAACAAGUUAUCAAAGCCAUUCAGCAAUUAGUCAAAGAAGCUGGUAAACCAAAAAGGACCUUUACUAACACACUCCACGUACCAGAGGAGAUUUUACAGGCUGUUAGAAGUCUGAGUGAGAUACGUCUACGAAGUAUUUUCGCAGACUUCUCCCACCACAAACUUUCGAGGGACAAUGCUGUCAACCUCUUGAGAUUAGACGUGACACAAAAGCUGAUGCAAGGGUUCCCAGAGACUGACUCACAUUUAGCAAAUUUAGCUUUCUCCCAAACUGCAAAAACUGUUUUUAGAAAUCUUAUAUUAGAUGAAGAGAUCAGAUGUGAUGGUAGAGGUCUUUCAGAAUUGAGACCCAUUACCUGUGGUAUUGAUCUUUACCGUCCAUUGCAUGGAUCAUCACUUUUCCAACGGGGUCAAACACAAGUGCAGUGUACCGUUGCCUUUGAUGCCCUCGAAAAUAUGCCUAAGUUAGAUUAUUUGUUAGAGGCUACUGGGGGCCACAAAGAUCAAAACUUCAUUCUACACUACACAUUCCCAUCUUUUGCUACAAAUGAAGUUGCAAGAGGUGGUCCAGUCUCUCGACGCGAAGUGGGUCAUGGAGCCCUAGCAGAGAAGGCUCUCAGACCUCUUUUGCCUUCUAACUUUCCUUUUGCAAUACUUCUCACAUCCACAGUAAUGGAAUCCAAUGGGUCCUCUUCCAUGGCAACUGUAUGUGGUGGUAGCUUGGCCUUGAUGGAUGCUGGUGUUAACAUAUCUUCACCAGCAGCUGGGAUAGCGAUUGGUUUAGUCACACGCUAUAAUGAGAAUAAUAAACUCCAGGAUUACAAAAUUUUGACUGAUAUCUUGGGUAUAGAAGACUACAUGGGAGAUAUGGACUUCAAAGUGGCUGGAACCUCUAAGGGCAUAACAGCCCUUCAAGCAGAUGUGAAAGUCAAAGGGAUUCCUCUGAAAGUGGUGAUGGAGGCAAUACAGCAAGCCACAGAUGGAAAAGGAACCAUUUUAACCAUUAUGGGGGACACACUGGCACGUCCCCGUGAACAGAAGAAGGAAACCAUGCCUGCCCUUGAGAAGAUUACUGUACCAGCACAUAAAAGAAGCAGAGUAGUGGGUCCUGGUGGCAUGCAUAUUCGACGAAUUCAGUCUGAGACUGGAGUUCAGUUGACUUGGCAAGACGAUGGUUUACUGUCAGUCUUUGCACCAAAUCACUCGGCAAUGGAGGAAGCAAAGGAGGCCCUUGCUGAAUUACUUAGUGAUCAAGAACCUACCUUGGAGUUCGGUGGGAUUUACACUUCUACUAUUGUUGAACUUCGACCUCAAGGAGUUAUGGUGACACUAUAUGACAACAUGCCACCUGUCUUACUGCACAAUUCACAGUUAGACACAAGAAAAGUACACCAUCCCAGUGCACUUGGUCUUGAAGUUGGACAACAGGUUAAGGUAAAGUAUUUUGGACGUGAUCCAGCAUCAGGUCAGAUGAGACUGUCACGAAGAGCUCUACAAGCUUCCACUGCUGCUAUUAAAAAUCUUCAUAAGACAGAGCCUGUCUAAGUCAUACUACAUUUAAUGUUUGUAUAUAUAUUUACAUUUAUAUUAAAUAUACAUAGAUAACCUU